AAUUCUGAUUAAUCAAAUACUUAGAAUUUGGGUACUUUCAAGUUUCGAAUUGAUUAUGGAUAAACGAAUACAAUAACCAUUAGUUUAUGAUAUAUGUUUGGAAACUAAUUUUGAUAGGAAACCAAAUUAUAUUAGAAAGAAUGAUUGAUCUAGAUAAUAGAAGUGUAAAACUUGUUUUAAAAUAUUAGGCCAUGACUGAUGAAAUUCUAAAGUUCUGGUUAAUUGAGGUUAAUACUAAUCCUUCUAUUGAGGUGUGGUUGAAUCUACUGAAAAUGUUGGCCCCAAGAAUUUUUGACUAUGGUUUCGGACAUACUAUACUAAGAAAUGCUAUAAAUAGUUUUCACUUCAGUAGUAUAUUUUAGGAUGGAAAAACAAAAGUUAAAGUUAAUAGUUAUGAGGUUGAAUAUUAUAUGUGAGAUCUAUUGGGAAUGCCAGGAUGAAUAAAUUAAAUAAAAU